UUCUGCCGACUCAGCUGACCAAGCAUAACAACGCCUGGCUUAUGAGAUCAAUAUCCCCAGAGCGUAACAAUUGCUCAACCUCCAUCCAGCCAAAUGCGGCCAAGAAGCACACCCAAGAGUAGGUGUACCUGCUUGGCACGACUGCGAAGCCUUGUAUCAGUGCACACUCCAGAAACAACCGGGAUUCAUGUUCCCAUCGUACCCACGUUAUCAAGCAAACAGACCCUCAAUCGGCUGGAACUCGGACAUGCCACACAAACACGGACUGUGACGGCGACGCCAAUUCAAUCUUGAUGCGACUAACGAGGCGAGAGUCGCAACUUGAAGCGUUUUGGAAAGGAAAGCCUGUCUUGCGGUCAGCAAUACAAACUGCAUUUGCCAUGUAC